CCUUUUCCACCUUUUUAUUUUAUUUUUUAUUAUUUUAUUAAAUUUGAAUCAAUGUCGUAACACAUACGGAAAUAAAAAGAAAACCAAAGAUUAUAUUUCUAUUUCUCAGUGAAAAUUUCGAUGAAAGAUGUCGGUAUCUGAGACAGUAAUGACGAGUAGAGAUCACUUCACCGUCGCCGGCGUUCAAAAUUCUCCGCCGAAUGUUCCGAAUACGACGCCGGUGGCUCAGAACAUGCACUUGGGUUACAGCGGCGACAGUACGGCUGUGUUCACACCGAUUUCAACUUCGCCGCCGCCGUAUACGCCGGCUGAAGUUUCUGCCGGCGCCGGCGCUGUGUUGUCGCAAAAUUUGAACAUUAAUUCGUCGGAGACGAUGAAACGGAAGAGAGGGAGGCCGAGGAAAUACGGGCCGGACGGGUCCAUGGCAUUAGGUUUGAAUUCGCCGUCCGUCGCCCCUGCCGCUGCCGGCAGCUUGUCGCCACAAGAGCCGGUUACUUCUCCAGCUGCUCAACCUCUUUCUACGGGACCCGCAUCGCCUAUUUCUUUGAAGAAAGCUAGAGGGAGACCCCCUGGUUCCAGCAAAAAGCAACAAAUGGACAAUUCUUUUGGAGCGACAGGAUUUGGAUUCACACCACAUAUUAUCACUGUGAAAACUGGAGAGGAUGUGGCAUCAAAGAUAAUGUCAUUUUCUCAGAAUGGUCCAAGGGCUGUUUGCAUCUUGUCUGCCAGUGGUGCAAUAUCAAAUGUGACGCUUAGACAAGCUGCCACAUCCGGUGGAACUGCAACCUAUGAGGGACGGUUUGACAUAUUAUCUCUAUCUGGUUCAUUUCUGCUAUCUGAAAUUGGUGGUCAACGGAGCAGAACAGGUGGAUUAAGUGUAUCAUUAGCUGGAUCUGAUGGACGGAUUUUUGGUGGUUGUGUGGCGGGUGUUCUAACCGCUGCAUCACCAGUCCAGGUUAUCGUUGGUAGCUUCAUUGCAGAUGGCCGAAAAGAGUCGAAAUCAGCAAACCAUUUUGAUGCGUCACCUGCUCCCCUGAACGCCAAUCCUGGUGCUAUGAUGGGGGGCAGUAGCUCACCAUCACGUGGAACUCAUAGUGAAUCAUCUGGUGGCCCAGGCAGUCCCCUUAAUCAGAGUGCUCCAGUAUGCACCAAUAAUAAUCUGCAAGGAAUGUCAAGCAUGCCUUGGAAAUGAACUUUUUCUGCUCUCUUUCCUGACCAAUUGUGGAGGCAGAACUCCUUGUCAACUAAUUCACUGAGGACUCGUUGUAAUUUAGUCGGUGUAAUUGUAGUUGUGCAGAAAUAAGAACCAGAGGCACUUUUUGCUUUGAACAUGUAGUGGUGAGAAGUGCUAGUUUGCUGAUGCUAGGUAUUCUGCAUUUUCUGUCUUGUUAAUUUAGCUUUCUUGUUUUGUUUUAAGCGUAGGACAUGGUUUGAUUUUCUUGUUCUAUUUCAGCUCUUGUAAUGUGCUGCUAUUGAUCACUGGAUGUAGUGCUAGGAAUUAAAUCUAGGAACGAUUUUCAAAAUUAUCUAUCUUCAACCUAAGUCUGAAUUUUACUGCAAUUCUAUGA